AUGGCUGAGAAGGAGCUUCCUAUGCUCUUGAGAGACGACAACCUAAGUGAAGAAACAAAGAAACUGAUCUCUUCACUUCCUACAGACAAAGAUGCACAAGGGAAGCUGUGCAAGUACCAAGGAUGUUGGUAUUACUACAACACUCUCCAAGCUGUCAUCAACUUCCAGGAGAAUUUUCAGCCGCAAGACACUGAUAUUAUUCUCGCUUCCUUCCCAAAAGCCGGCACAACUUGGCUCAAGGCGCUCUCUGUUGCCCUCUUAGAGAGAUCAAAACAUGAUCACGAUGAUCCUCUCAAUCAUCCAUUGCUUUCCGAUAACCCUCAUGGCAUAGUACCAUUCUUGGAGUUCGAUAUGUAUCUCAAAGGCUCAACACCGGACCAAACCAAGUUCCCGUUAUCAUCUCCGAGACUGUUUUCAACUCACAUGCCUUUGCACACCAUAAAAGAAAACCUCAAAGAUUCUCCUUGCAAGAUUGUGUACUUGUGCAGGAACGCAAAGGACGCGUUGAUAUCGCGUUGGUUUUAUAGGUGCAAGUACCAAAACAAGGAUGCGGCUAGAAGCAUUCUCGAGUCCAUGUUCGAGUCGUUUUGCAGCGGGGUUGGCUUCUAUGGUCCCAUUUGGGAUCAUGCCCUCAGCUAUUGGAAAGGAAGCUUGGAGAAUCCCAAGAAUGUACUCUUCAUGAGGUACGAGGAACUGAAAACGGAGCCUUCUGCUCAGCUGAAGAGGCUUGCUGAGUUCUUGGGAUGUCCUUUCACCGAGGAAGAAGAAGAGAACGGAUUGGUUGAAAAGAUAUUGGAACUAUGCUCUCUUGAUAACUUGAGUGGUUUGGAGGUCAACAAAACCGGUAAAACAUGGACGAACGUGGAUUACAAAAGCUAUUUUCGCAAGGGAGAAGUUGGUGACUGGAAAAAUUAUCUAACUCCUGAAAUGGAGACCAAAAUCGACAUGAUCAUUGAUGAGAAAUUAAAAGGCUCGGGUUUGACUUUCUAG